AGCCGGGCCAAGGCAUUCCGUUAAAACCUCAAUUCGCACUUGGCCAACGAGAGCAAGCUCCGACAAACGACUCGCAGCCGUCACCCGCCCGAUAUCCCACCACUUCACAAAUGGCGUCCCGCUUGGCGAGGAGUGCUGUCGGGGCUGCCCGCCUGCGACCGAGCAUCGCUGCUCCGCGCGCCCUCCCCGCCGUCUCGUCGCUCGUCACGGCGCGCUACAACUCGAACGUGCCGUCGCAGGACCCCAAGUCUAAGGCCCAGUCGAUCAUCGAUGCGCUCCCCGGCAGCAGCCUGCUCUCCAAGACGGCUAUCCUCUCGUCGGCGGCCGGCUUGUCCAUCUACGCGCUCAGCAACGAAUACUACGUGAUGAACGAGGAGACGGUCGUGGCCUUCUGCCUGCUCAGCGUGUGGGCCGCGCUCAUCAAGUACGGCGGCCCCGUGUACCGCGAGUGGGCCGAGGCGCAGAACGCCAAGAUCAAGAACAUCCUCAACUCGGCCCGCGCCGACCACACGCAGGCCGUCAAGACCCGCAUCGAGGACGUCAAGCAGAUGUCGGGCGUCGUUGACGUGACCAAGGCCCUGUUCGAGGUGUCCAAGGAAACUGCCAGGCUCGAGGCCCAGGCCUACGAGCUCGAGCAGCGGACGGCGCUGGCCGCCGAGGCCAAGAACGUGCUGGACUCGUGGGUGCGGUACGAGAGCCAGGUCAAGCAGCGGCAGCAGAAGGAGCUCGCCCAGACCGUCAUUGCCAAGGUGCAGAAGGAGCUCGAGAACCCCAAGGUGCUGCAGCAGAUUCUGCAGCAGAGCGUGGCGGAUGUUGAGAAAAUCGUCUCUUCCAAGGCGCAAUAGACAGUUGCUCUGACGGAGCGGUAGAGCGAGAGAGAUUCCCUUUGUUGUGCCCGUGUCCAUACACAUACCUGUGCAUUAGCCCCCCAAUACAGCCUCCUUUUGUCUCGCCCCGACGGCCGUUGCCCCCAUCGCUGUUCGAGUGGCAUGUGCCUGCUCAUCGAGUUCUCUGUGAAGUCAAUAGCAUGCAGAGCCCUGCUAGUGUACAGGGCUGUUGGGCUGAUGAAGGGAAGGGACCAGACAACUUGGACUCACCGUUCCCAUCUCGUCAGCUG